GUGGUCAGCAUAGCAGGAGUUGUUGCCGGGAGGGUUCCAAAUGACAGCGGCUCUUGUUCCACAUGCACAGGCACUGCUGUGGGGCAUCGUCUGCCAUAUUGUCUGUCUCCAGUCCAGGCGUGCCAACCAGCGCUGCUGGACCUCGCGCGGCGCAACGCCGCGAUGAGCCGCCGGCCGCGGGGGCCCGUACCCGAGGAGGCGGACGUGCGCGUGGUGCCCCUGGUGUGGGGCGAGCCGCUGAGCGGCUCGCUGGGGCACGUCGACUGGGUGCUGGCCUCCGACGUCACCACGCUGCGUGGGCCCGUGGGCGCGCUCUGCGACACCAUGGCUCAGCUGCUGCGCCGGAGGCGGCACGCCGCGCCGCGGGUGGUGCUGUCCCACGCGCGCCGCACCGACUACGACGAGCAGCUGGAUCACUUCUUGGCGCAGGCUGCUCUGCGCGGCCUCGGUGCGGAGGUGGUCUCAGAGGAGCUGCUACACGAUGAGUCCGGUCUUGCACUGGAGGUGUCGGUCUUGGAGGUGAAGCCAUCCGUGGCGAUCGACAGCACCAAGUGUGGUGGGUGUCGCCUCUGUCGGUGGAGGGCGGGAUCUUCUGCGUGCAGACGAACGCUCGGAAAGAUGGCACCCUCUUUCAGAACAUGUUCUUCUUGA